AUGGAGCAUAACCAUAAGCUUCUCUCCGACAAUGGACCUUUCUUCAAGGAUCCAGCAAGGUUCAGACGCUAUGUAGGCCGUCUCGUGUACCUGACGAUAACUCGUCCUGAGUUAAGUUACGCAGUCCACGUACUCUCUCAAGUGAUGCAGAAGCCAAGAGAAGCACACUGGGACGCGGUCGUGCGAGUGCUGAAAUAUCUGAAGGGAUCUCCAAGUCAGGGGAUCAUGCUGAAGGCAAUCAGUGACCUGCAUAUUCGAGCGUUCUGCGAUGCAGAUUGGGCGUCAUAUCCAGUAAGCCACCGAUCAUUGUCCUCCUACAUUGUCUUACUAGGCGACUCACCUGUGUCAUGGAAAACGAAGAAACAGAACACUGUGUCGCACUCAUCGGCGGAGGCUGAGUACAGGGCAAUGGCUGCUGCACUGCGUGAACUGAAAUGGUUGAAGCGGUUACUGUCGGAUUUGGGAGUUGUACACAAGUCACCCAUGGACCUGUUCUGUGAUAGUAACGCGGCAUUACAUAUAGCCGCAAACCCAGUAUUUCACGAGAGAAUGAAGCACAUAGUGAUUGACUGCCACAGCGUCAGAGAUGCAGUCCAAGAUCGACUCAUUGUUACGAGACAUGUCCACACCACAGAGCAACUGGCAGACAUAAUGACCAAGGCGUUGGGGAGUGUACAGUUUCAUUACCUACUCAGCAAGUUGGGCGUUUGCAACUUACAUGCUCCAACUUGA